AUGGUGCCGUUUUAUGAUCAACAAUACCAACCAGGAGUCCUGAUACCCACAAUGAAUCCCAAUGGCACAACAGCAAAUUUUCCCCUUUGGCAUUCGGGUCCUCACCCCGCACCUAACUUUUAUCCAUACUAUCAACAAGGUUUUGGUACACCACUGCAUGCCCCACCCCACCAAGAACAAAAUCAAGGCUUUGUUCAUCCUCAUAGUGAACAUAUAAAUGAAUAUCCUCAUGAUGGCCGAGAGAGAUACUCAAAUUCGAGAAAAUUUGAAUUUCGGCAGAAUUAUGGUCAAUAUCCUCCCCUAGGAUACAUGAAUGUACCACAAAACACCCCAGACUUGACAUAUGUUGAGCAAGUCCACCAUCAACCUCAAUUAAGCUUAUCUGGCCCGAAAGAUAAAAGCCUUCCCACAAAGUCUAUCCAACUAAAAAGGAAUAGAGGAAAUACCUUUCCAGGAACCACCUCUCCUGCCCCCAAACAUUUUGAGGGCUCGAAGAAACAAGACUGGAAUAUCCACUGCAAUCAACCGGAUUUUAUGCGGAGAAACAAACAGAAGUGUGGCUCCUCUGGUAGCAAAAGUCCACUUUCCAAAGUGACCGAAUCAAGUAGUAGUAUUUGUCAUUCAUUAAACCAUGAUACUCCUAAUAUAAACAACAGAGAAGAGAACUGUAACUCGUUCGCAAAUCAGUAUGCAAGGGAUUUCCCAGCCUAUUCUCAGGACGCCCGCCAAGAACGAAGAAAGGUAUACGUACAGGCUAAGGGAGAUAGAAAACCGAUCCCAGCUACAUUUCGAAAGCCAAAGCCAUACUUUGCAAGACAAAGUUUACUUCCACCAGCCUCAAUCAUCCACUGGGUUGAAGUUAAGAGUAGAAGUAAGGUCAACAAUGCGCAAAUUGAUCAAAAUGGAAGUCCUAACCAGAGGAAAACAUUUGACAAUUCUGAGAAUCAAAUUCCACCUUCAACUUCCAAUUUCUACGCGGAAAAGCCAUAUACACCACCAGUUAUAGUCAACUCAGGUCCAAUCACUAUAAAGGAAUGUCUAGAGGUUCACUCUAACUUUAUACUAAACCCGAAAGCUUCAAACUUCGAAAUGGUGUCAAAAAGUACCUUCCCAGAGGCUUCUGGGGGAGAUGAGUAUAUUGGUUACUAUAUGACUGAAGAUGAAAACAAGUUUCAGGAUCCUACAGAGAAUGUUUCUGUCAUUUCACAUGAUGACCACCCGAUGGAUUGGCAACUACCGGAUAACAACACAGUUAGAAGGAUCCCCAAAGAGCUUAUUGAAAGAGUUCCGGGUAAGAUGAAUUGGGAGAAUGGUGCUUUCAAUAUCAUUAGGGAAGAUCGUAGUGUCAGAUCCUGGGGAAGCUGGAACUCCGAGGAUGAAGCGGAGGUGCAAGCACGCCUGGCUGCAACAGGAUCUUCUCCAUCUCUACAAGGAAGCGAGAAACUGAACCUGAUCUCCGAAGAAAUGAAUUCUUCUCUUAACACGGGGACAUUAAAUGAACAGUCGGAGCAGGUUAUCAAUAAUAACCAAAUAGAAAACACACAUACAAUUGACGGCGUUCGGAGCGUCGAGAGUAACCACGAGCAUCUAUCAAAAUUGUCUGGGUUACAGACAGUCAUAAGCCAAAUUCUCGGGUCCACUGAGGCUUUGAACUGCACAAAGGGGGUAGAGAAAGAUAAUGUCGGCGUUUUUACUGGAGUUGAAAAGAUGGAUAACGGAUUUAGCAACAGUACUGCCGGCCACGAUUCUAAAAAUUAUACUGAAGGAAUAAAAUAUGAAGGAAAUCCAACGCAGUCUCAGGCCUUGGGAGGCAAAAAGCCUAAGACUAAGGGGAAAAAGAGAAAGAAGGCAGGCUCAAUUGCGCUUCCAAAAAACAAGCUAGAAUCAGAAGUCGAAGAAAAGUCACAUAUGAACGACAAACCGAAACCAGAAUUACCCUUAACAGCUAUACAACCAGUUCAGACACAAGUGAUGUCGACUGAUCCACCAGCUGCUUUAAAAAUGAAUGAGCACUUAAACAUGUCGACACCCCUUCCUGCAAAGGAAAACCUAGAAAUCACAAAGAUCGCGGUCACUAAGGAUAUUGCACGACCGGUAUUCAACUACCGUGAUGCUUUGCUUAAGAAGGUGGAAACCCCAAAGGUCUCACCUGUCACUUUACCAAACCCUCAAAUCCAAAAGACUGCAAACAUUCUUUCAAACCCCCAAACACAAAAGAUUGAAAAGGGCACCCCCUCAAAACCCAUCAUUCCUAAGGCUCAAAUCCAGCAAGCUGAACGUGAUUUUGGAAGCGGACCCUCUACAGAAGUUGGUCUUCGCCGGAAGUUUUUCUUGCAACCCAUACCAAGUACGGUCACCUACCAUUCGCUUAUCCAACAGCUUAGAGGUGGAAUGCUCGAAGAUAUAUAUGUCUCGGGAUUAUCACCACAUCCAUCUGCAUGGAAAGGCGUAAGGGGUGAUAGCCAAAAUCGGGGAGGUGAUGAAACUCGGUACGCUCAUGUUAGCUUUUACUCGAAUGAGGGCGCAAACAGGUUCUGGGAGCUGGUUAAUACUGGAAACCAGCAAUCUAAUUCGUAUAGAAGUCUAUACGGGGGGUUCGAUGACGAAGCACCUGGUUUCCUCAUCCUUGAUGGUGUCAAAGUUCUUGUCCGCUGGAGACAUAAUGACCAGCGUCUCGUCAACCCCGCAACAUCGAGAGCGGUGAAGGACGAGCAUGCCACUAGAUGCAUUUUGCUACAAUUCAAUGCUGAAGCUGUCACACAGUGGAUCAAAGAGAGAAAGGCAGUGCCAGGAAAACUUGUCAAGAACGAGAUAGUAUUCAAUGAAGCUGGUAUUAUCAAAAAAGUAAAGACCGAUAUCGAAUCCUGGGGUAUGGCGGAUUCGAACCUCGAAAAUGUUGAAAUUAUUAGUGCUCAAAAUAUGCCUAAGUCGACAAGAACGGCAGAGAAUUGCGAUGAUAAGCAAAAGCCAAAAGAUAUCAAAGUUCUUGUCUCUUUCAUCAAAAUUUUGAGUGCUGUAAAACUCAAGAGGUUUCUUCUCAACAAACCGGAAUAUACUAAGGGAGGCUAUUGUAAAGUCGAGUAUUGCAAGGAUGUGUGUGCUGAACCGAUCGACAAACUUAAGGCCAUCCGAGUGGCUGAAUUAAACCCCGUUAAAAACAAUACUAGUUCGCGCCGAAGGAGGAAUGCGACUCGUGCUACAAAAGAGAGCAUCGUCGAAGUAAAUGGUGUGGGAAAGAAAAUCGUCGAGGGAAAAGAUUCUAAGGGCGGUGUGGUGGAAGAAGGCACUAUUCUCACUAGCGAUCCAAUUGGAGGCACUAUCGCAAAGGAAGAUAAAGGGACGACAGGGAAAAAGAGCGCAGAAGGAGGUCAAGGGAAGGCAGCUGGUGGAAAUAAGCAGCCCAAGGAGGGCUGA